UGAUAGAACGUACUUCUCGACCAAUUGAAAUAAUUAGUCCAACCGAUAAGUCCGCGGACGAAACAACUUUUACUAACGCAAAUCCAGAAAACAAGGAAGUCAAAAAAAAGAAGUUUAAGGGAAUAAAGAAUAAAAUAUCUUUUUUUGAAAAAAAAGCUGCAUCAAUAAAGACUUCUAAUGAUAUAAUAAUCAAAAAUACAUCGGCUAAGACCAAUGAACUAGAUAAAGAUAAACAACACGGAUUAAUAUAUCCAGCAUUAGCAGUAAUUACAUUUGAUCAAGUUAUAAGUUAUUUGUCAUCCACUAAUUUACCACAUGCACAAUUUAAAUUCCAAAAUUGCAUGGCUAAUUUAAACAUAAAUGAUUUUGAACAGAUAAAUAAUGACGAAAUUAAUACAUUUUUAAAUACAUUGAGUGAUAAUAUCAUUUCCCGUCGAAUUUAUCCAGAAGAAAUGAGUCAAGAAUUUAUUGAAUUUUUUAAAUUAGAUAAAUUUAUUAUUAAAGAUAAGUUAAAUGAAUGUUUUAAAAUAUUCCAGUCAAAUUUGUUUGCAAUAAAAAAACCCAAGUAUGAGAAUAGUGACGAUUUGGAAUCAGUGCUACGAUCGCGUAUUUAUCAAGCAUGUAAAAUUCUGCAAGACUGUAAAAAUAAGUAUGGAAUAAAUAAAUCAUCAGAUAUGAAUCAUUACGAGACAGUACCAAAUGAUUACUUAAAAGAAUUUCAAAAAUGUACAAUCGAAAAAAUAACUAAAAUUGUUUCUGGUGAACUUACUCCUUAUGUCGGCAUUCUUGGUUUUAAUUACUACCAUUUUUCAUACAACGAAAAUCCUUUUAUAAUGCAUUGUUGUGUUGUUUAUUACACAUAUUUGGUGACAGAUGAUUCAACUUUAAAUCAAAAUUUGGGAACUAGUGAUAGAACUCAAUGAAUUCCUAGGGAAAUUUAUGGUAUCCGAACUUCCAUCUAUCAAUUUUUUUAAUGUAUUAGAAAUGUUUUUAACGAUUUUUGACAUCAGUCAUAAUUAUUAUUUUCAAAUCAAAAUUUAAUAAUGAUCAUUAUAUAUGAGUGUAUUAUUUUUCAAUUUAUUACUUUAAUUAUAAAUAUUUACAGUAUGUAUAAUAAAA